AUGACCACAACACAACCAACACCCACAACAGAACAAACAACCACAACAGAACCGGCAACCACAAGAGAACCAAUACCCACAACAGAACAAAGAAUCAGAACAGAACCAAUACCCACAACAGAACAAACUACCACAACGGAACCAGCAACCACUACAGAACAAACACCCACAACAGAAGAAACAACCGCAACAGAACCAGCAACCACGACAGAACCAAUACCCACAACAGAACAAAUAACCACAACACAACCAACACCCACAACAGAACACACAACCACAACAGAACCAGCAACCAAAACAGAACCAAUCCCCACAACAGAACAAACAACCACCACAGAACCAAUACGCACAACAGAACAAACAACCACAACGGAACCAGCAACCACUACAGAACCAAUAAUCACAACAGAACCAGCCACCUCUUCAGAACCAAUACGCACAACAGAACAAAGAAUCACAACAGAACCAAUACCCACUACAGAACCCACAACAGAAGAAACAACCACAACGGUACCAGCAACCACUACAGAACCAAUACCUACAACAGAACCAAUACGCACAACAGAACAAACAACCAGAACGGUACCAGCAACCACUGCAGAACCAAUACCUACAACAGAACCAAUACGCACAACAGAACAAACAACCACAACAGAACCAGCAACCACUACACAACCAAUAUCCACAAGAGAACAAACAACCACCACACAACCAAUACUCACAACAGAACAAACAACCACACCAGAACCAGCAACCACUACAGAACCAGCAACCACUACAGAACCAAUAAUCACAACAGAACCAGCCACCUCUUCAGAACCAAUACCCACAACAGAACAAAGAAUCAUAACAGAAGCAUUACCCACAACAGAACAAACAACUACAACGGAACCAGCAACAACUACAGGACCAAUACCCACAACAAAACAAACAACCACAACAGAACCAGAGACCACUACAGAACCAAUGCCCCCAUCAGAACAAACAACCACAACAGAACCAAUACCCACAACAGAACAAACAACCACUACAGAAUCAGCAACCACUACAGAACCAAUAUCCACAACAGAACAAAGAAUCACAACAGAACCAAUACCCACAACAGAACAAAUAAUCACAACAGAAUCAAUACCCACAACAAAACAAACAACCACAACAGAACCAGCAACCACUACAGAAUCAAUACCCACUACAGAACAAACAACCACAACGGAACCAGCAACCACUACAGAACCAAUACCCAAAACAGAACAAAGAAUCACAAGUGAACCAAUACCCACAACAGAACAAACAACCACAAUGGAACCAGCAACCACUACUGAACCAAUACCCACAACAGAGCAAACAACCACAACAGAACCAUCAACCACUAUAGAACCAUUACCCACAAAAGAACAAAGAAUCACAACGGAACCAAUACCAACCACUGAACAAACAACCACAACAGAACCAAUACCCACUACAGAACAAACAACCACUACAGAAGCAGCAACCACUGCAGAACCAAUACCCACAACAAAACAAAGAAUCACAACAGAACCAAUACCCACAAUAGAACAAAGAACCACAACGGAACCAGCAACCACUACAGGACCAAUACCCACAACAGAACAAACAACCACAACGGAACCAGCAACCACUACAGUACCAAUACCCACAACAGAACCAAUACGCACAACAGAACCAACAACCACAACAGAACCAGCAACCACUACAGAACCAAUACCCACAACAGAACAAAUAAUCACAACAGAACCAAUACCCACAACAGAACAAACAACCAUAACAGAACCAGCAACCACUACAGAACCAUUACCCACAACAACUACAAAAAUACCAAAACCCACAACAAUGCCAACAACCAUUACGAAGCCAACUACUACAACCGAACCACCCGCCUCAACAUUACCAGUAAAACCAACAAAACCUAUAGCCACAACGGAACCCACAACCACAGCAGGGCCAACACCCACAACAAAAUCAACAACCACAACAACGCUAUCAACCACAACUAAGCCAACAACUACAACAGAAGCAACAACCACUACAGAAACAACAGCCACAAUAGAACCGGCAUCAACAACACCAACCACCACAUCAGAAACAACAACCAAAACAGAAUCGAUAACCACGUCAAAACCAACAGCCACAAUAAAGCCAACAACCUCAUCGGAACCAACAAGCGCAACAAAGCCAACAGUCACAACACAAACAACAACCACAACAUCACCAACAACCAGAACUGACUCAACAACCACAACAAUACCAACAUCCACAAUAAUACCAACAACAGAACCAACAACCUCUACAACGCUAUCAGCCACAACAAAGCCAACAACUACAACAGAACCAACAACCACAAAAGAACCGUCAGCCACAACAGCCUCAACAGCCAGAAUGGAACCGGCAACAACAAUACCAAUAACCACAUCAGAAACAACAAAUACAACAGAAUCGACAACCACGACAAAACCAACAACCUCGUCAGAACCAAUAAGCACAACAAAGCUAACAGUUACAACACAACCAACGACCACAACAUCACCAACAGCCACAACUAUACCAACAUCCACAAUAAUACCAACAGCUACAACAGAAUCGACAACUACAACAGAACCAACAACCACAACAGAACCAACAACCACAACAAUACGAACAACCACAAUAAGACCAACAGCUACAAUCGAAUCAACAACUACCACAGAACCAACAACCACAACAGAAACAACAUCCACAACAACACCAUCAACAACAUUGAAACCAACAACCACAUCAGGACCAACAAUCACAACAAAGCCAACGACCACAGAAUCCACAACUACAACACAAUCAAAAACAACUACAAACGCAACGACCACAACAAAACCAACAACAACAGGACCAGAAGCCACAACAAUACCAACAUCCACAACAGAUCAGACAACCACAACUAAAACAACAUCCGCAACAGAACCAACAACCUCAACAAGCCUAACAACCACAACGGAGUCAGCAAACAUAACAGCACCAACAACGACACCAGAGCCAACAACCACGGUAAUACCAACAACGAAAACCAUGCCAACAACCAAAUUACAGCCGACAACCAAAAAAAUAAAGCCAACAAUUUUAACAGAAACAACAACCACAACAGAACCAACAACCACACCAGAACCAACCAACACAACAGUACUAACAACCACAACAGAAAUGACAACCACAAAAAUGCCAACAACAAGAGCAAAACCAACAACCACAACAGAACAAAUUACCACAUCAGAACCAACAAACAAAACGGAACUGACAAUCACAACAGCUCCAACAACCUCAAGAAUAUCAGCAGCCACAACUAUACCCACAACUACAAUAAAACUAACAUCCACCCCAGAAGCCACAAUUACAACAAAACCGACAACUACAGCAGAAUCAACAGCCACAAAAUACAACAAUGCCAACAAGCAAAACAGCAACAACAACCACAACAGAACCAACACGCACAACAAAACCAACAACUACAACAGGACUAACAAACAUAACACAACCAAGAACCACAGCAGAAACAACAACCACAACAGUAGAAACAACCUCACCAGAAACAAAAACCACUACAAUGCCAACAACCACACAAAAACCGACCACAAGAGAUCCAGCAAUCACAGCAGAGACCAUAACCACAAGAGAAGACACAACUACACCAGAACCAACAACCACAACAGAGCCGACAACAACAACAAUAGCAACAACCACAACAGAACCAUCAACCACAACAAAGGCAACAACCACAAGAGAACCCACAAAUACAACAGAACUAAACACCACAAAAGAAACUACAACCAUAAUAGAACCAACCGCUACAACAGAACCGACAAGCACAACAGGACCAAGAACCACAAUGGAACCAACAACCUCAACAACGUUAACAACCCCAAGAAAGCCAACAACUACAACAGAACCAACAACCAAAAGUGCACCAACAGAUACAAAAGAACCGACAGCCAAAACAGCACGAACAACCACAAUAGAAUCGACAAGAACAACAAUACUAACGACCACAUCAGAAACUACAAGCACAAUAAUACCAACAACCUCAACUGUCUCAACAACCACAACAAUACCGCAACAGAACCAACAACCACAAUACCAACAACCACAAAAGAAAAGACAACAACAACCACAAUAGAACCCACAACCACAACAAUACCAACGACCACAACAACAACCACAACAGAACCCACAACCACAAGAGAACCCACAACCACAACAGAAGCAACAACCACAACAAUACCAACAACGACAACAAUACCCACAACCACAACAGAACCCACAACUACAACAGAACCCACAACCACAACAGAACCCACAACCACAACAGAACCCACAACCACAACAGAACCCACAACCACAACAAUACCAACAACCACACCAAUACCAACAACCAAAACAGACACAACAAUACCAACAACCACAACAGAACACACAACCACAACAGAACCAACAACGACAACAGAACCCACAACCACAACAGAAGCAACAACCACAACAAUACCAACAACGACAACAAUACCCACAACCACAACAGAACCCACAACUACAACAGAACCCACAACCACAACAGAACCCACAACCACAACAGAACCCACAACCACAACAGAACCCACAACCACAACAAUACCAACAACCACACCAAUACCAACAACCAAAACAGAAUACACAACCACAACAGAAACCACAACCACAACAAUACCAUUAACAACAACAGAACCCACAACCGCAACAGAACCAACAAACACAAUACCAACAACCAGAAAAGAAGCAACAACCACAACAAUACAAACAACUACAACAAUACCAACAACCACAACAGAACCCACAACCACAACAGAACUCACAACAACAACAACCACAACAGAACCCACAACCACAACAGAACCCACAACCACAGCAAUACCAACAACCACAACAAUACCAACAACCACAACAGAACACACAACCACAACAGAACACACAACCACAACAGAACACACAACCACAACAGAACACACAACCACAACAGAACCCACAACCACCACAAAUCCAACGACCACAACAAUACCAACGACCACAACGGAACCCACGACCACAACAAUACCAACGACCACAACAAUACCAACGACAACAACAAUACCAAUAACCACAACAGAACCCACAACCACAACAGAACCAACAACCACAAUACCAACAGCCACAAAAGAAGCAACAACCACAACAAUACCAACAUCUACAACAGAACCCACAACCACAACAAUGCCAACGACCACAACAAUACCAACGACCACAACAAUACCAAUAACCACAACAGAACCCACAACCACAGCAGAACUAACAACCACAAUACCAACGACCACAACAGAACCCACAACCACAACAGAACCCACAACCACAACAGAACCAACAACAACAACAGAACCUACAACCACAACAAUACCAACGACCACAACAAUACCAACGUCCACAACAAUACCAAUAACCACAACAGAACCCACAACCACAGCAGAACUAACAACCUCAAUACCAACGACCACAACAGAACUCACAGCCACAACCACAACAAUGCCGACGACCACAACAAUACCAAUAACCACAACAGAACCCACAACCACAGCAGAACUAACAACCACAAUACAAUCGUCCACAACAGAACAUACAACCACAACAAUUCCAACGACUCCAACAAUACCAACGACCACAACAGAACCCACAACCACAACAGAAGCAACAACCAGAACAAUACCAACAACUACAACAAUACUAACAACCACAACAGAACCCACAACCACAACAGAACCCACAACCACAACAGAACCCACAACCACAACAAUAACAACAACAGAACCCACAACCACAACAGAACCUACGACCACAACACCAACGACUACAACAGAACCAACCACCACAACAAUACCAAAAACCACAACAAUACCAACAACCUCAACAGAACCCACAACCACAACAGAAUCCGCAACCACAACAAUACCAACAACCACAACAAUACCAACAACCACAACAAUACCAACAACCACACCAAUACCCACAACCACAACAGAAUACACAACCACAACAGAAACCACAACCACAACAAUACCAUUAACAACAACAGAACGCACAACCGCAACAGAACCAACAAACACAAUACCAACAACCACAAAAGAAACCACAACAGAACCAACAACUACAACAAAACCAACAACCACAACAAUACCAACAACCACAACAAUACCAACAACCACAACAAUACCAACAACCACAACAGAACCCACAACCACAACAGAACCCACAACCACAACAAUAUCAACUACCACAACAAUACGAACAACCACAAAAGAACCAACAUCCACAACAGAACCAGAGUCUACAACAGAACCCACAACCACAACAGGACCCACAACCACAACAGAACCCACAACCACAACAGAACCCACAACCACAACAAUACCAACAACCACAACAGAACCGAAAACCAAAACAAUACCAACAAUCACAAAAGAACCAGCAACCACAACAAUACCAACAACCACAACAGUACCAACAACCACAACAGAACCAACAACCACAACAGAACCCACAACCACAACAAUACCAACAACCACAACAAUACCAACAUCCACAACAAUACCAACAACCACAACAAUACCAACAACCACAACAGAACACACAACCACAACAGGACCCACAAACACAAUUACAACGACCACAACGGAACCCACAACAACAACAAUACCAACGACCACAACAAUACCAACGACAACAACAAUACCAACAACCACAACAGAACACACAACCACAACAGCACCAACAACCACAAUACCAACAGCCACAAAAGAAGCAACAACCACAACAAUACCAACAUCCACAACAGAACCCACAACCACAACAGAACCCACAACCACAACAAUGCCAACGACCACAACAAUACCAACGACCACAACAAUACCAAUAACCACAACAGAACCCACAACCACAGCAGAACUAACAACCACAAUACCAACGACCACAACAGAACCCACAACCACAACAGAACCCACAACCACAAAAAUACCAACGACCACAACAAUACCAACGUCCACAACAAUACCAAUAACCACAACAGAACCCACAACCAAAGCAGAACUAACAACCACAAUACCAACGACCACAACAGAACCCACAACCACAACAGAACCCAAAAUCACAACAGAACGCACAACCACAACAAUGCCAACGACCACAACAAUACCAUUAACCACAACACAACCCACAACCACAGCAGAACUAACAACCACAAUACCAUCGACCACAACAGAACCCACAACCACAACAAUUCCAACGACCCCAACAAUACCAACGACCACAACAGAACCCACAACCACAACAGAACCAACAACCAGAACAAUACCAACAACUACAACAAUAUUAACAACCACAACAGAACCCACAUCCACAACAGAACCCACAACAACAACAGAAACCACAACCACAACAAUAUCAACGACCACAACAAUACCAACGACCACAACAAUACCAAUAACCACAACAAAACCAACAACCACAACAGUUCCAUCAACCACAACAGAACCCACAACCACAACAGAACCUACAUCCACAACACCAACGACUACAACAGAACCAACCACCACACCAAUACCAAAAACCACAACAAUACCAACAACCACAACAGAACCCACAACCACCACAGAACCCGCAACCACAACAAUACCAACAACCACAACAAUACCAACAACCACAACAAUACCAGCAAACACAACAAUACCAACAACCACAAGAGAACCCACAACCACAAGAGAACCUACAACCACAACAUUAACGACCACAACAGAACCGACAACCACAACAAUGCCAACAACAACAACAAUACCAACAACCACAACAGAACCCACAACCACAACAGAACCCACAACCACAACAAUAAAAACGACCACAACAAUAUCAACGACCACAACAAUACCAAUAACCACAACAGAACCCACAACCACAAUACCAACAACCACAAAAGAAGUUACUACCACAACAAUACCAACAACCACAACAAUACCAACAACCAAAAGAAUACCAACAACAACAACAAUACCAAAAUCCACAACAGAACCCACAACCACAACAGAACUCACAACCACAACAGAACCAAAAACCACAACAAUACUAACAACCACAACAAUACCAACAACCACAACAGCACCCACAACCACAACAGAACCCACAACAACAACAGAACCCACAACCACAACAAUACCAACGAACACAACAAUACCAACGACCACAACAAUACCAAUAACCACAACAGAACCCACAACCACAACAGAACUAACAACCAGAACAAUACCAACGACCACAACAAUACCAACAACCACAACAAUACCAACAACCACAACAGAACUUACAACCACAACAGAGCCCACAAACACAACAGAAACCACAAUACCAACAACCACAACAAUACCAAUAACCACAACAAUACCAACAACCACAACAGAACCCACAAACACAACAGAACUCACAACUAGAACAGAACCAACAACCACAACAGAACCAACAACCACACCAAUACCAACAACCACAAAAGUACCAACAACCACAAAAGAACAAACAACUACAAUAAUACCAACAACCACAACAAUAGCAACAACAACAACAGAACCCACAACCACAACCAAACCCACAAGCACAACAAUACCAACAACCACAACAGAACCAACCACCACAACACUACCGACAACCACAACAGAACCAACCACCACAACAAUACCAACAACCACAACAAUACCAACGACCACAACAAUACCAAUAACCACAACAAUACCAACAACCACAACAGAACCCACAACCACAACAGAACCCACAACCACAACAAUACCAACGACCACAACAAUACCAAUAACCACAACAGAACCCACAACCACAACAGAACCAACAACCAGAAUACCAACAGCCACAAAAGAACCAGCAAUUACAACAAUACCAACAACCACAACAAUACCAACAACCACAACAGAACCCACAACCACAACAGAACCCACAACCACAACAAUACCAACGACCACAACAAUACCAAUAACCAAAACAGAACCCACAACCACAACUGAACCAACAACCAUAAUACCAACAACCACAAAAGAAGCAACAACCACAACAAUACCAACAACCACAAUAAUACCAACAACCACAAGAGAACCCACAACCACAACAGAACCCACAACCACAACAGAACCAACAACCACAACAAUACCAACAACCACAACAAUACCAACAACCACAACAAUACCAACAACCACAACAAUACCAACAACCACAACAAUACCAACACCCACAACAGAACUCACAACCGCAACAGAACCAAAAACCACAACAAUACUAACAACCACAACAAUACCAACAACCACAACAGAACCCACAACCACAACGGAACCCACAACCACAACAAUACCAACGACCACAACAAUACCAACGACCACAACAAUACCAAUAACCACAACAGAACCCACAACCACAACAGAACCAACAACCACAACAAUACCAACGACCACAACAAUGCCAACAACCACAACAAUACCAACAACCACAACAGAACCCACAUCCACAACAGAACCAACAACCACAACAAUACCAACGACCACAACAAUGCCAACAACCACAACAAUACCAACAACCACAACAGAACCCACAACCACAACAGAACUUACAACCACAACAGAAAUCACAAACACAGCAGAACCCACAACCACAACAAUACCAACGACCACAACAAUACUAAUAACCUCAACAGAACCAACAACCACAACGAUACCAACAACCACAACAAUACCAAUAAUAGAACCAACAACAACAAGAAAAACUACACUCGCAACAAAACCAAAAACCACAACAGAUACUACAACUAAAACAGAACCAACAAACGCAACAGAACGAGCAACCACAAUAGAACCAUCACCGACUACAGAAAUUACAACCACAACAGAACCAACAACAACAACCACAGAACCAACCCCCACAACAGAGCCAACAACACCAACUGAAACUACAACUACAACAAUGCUAACAACCACAACAAGACCAAAAACCACAACACUAACAAAAAUCACUACAGAACCAAAACCGACAAAAUUAUCAACCACCAUAACAGAACCAACAACCCUGACAGAACCUACAACUACAACAGGACCAACAACCACACCAAGACAAACAACAACAACAAAACAGACAACCAAAACACAACCAGAAACCACAACAACACCGUCAACUACAACAGAAUCAACAACCACAACAGAACCAACAAUUACAACAGAAACUACAGCCAGAACUGUAACAAAUACCACAACAGAACCGAAAACGACGAGGGAAUCAACCACCGGAACAGAACCAACAAUCACAACAGAACCUACAACCACAACAGGACCAACAACCACAACGAAACCAACAGCCACAACACUCUCAAGAUCCACAACAAUACCAACAACCACAACAAUGCCAACAAGCACAAUAGAACCGACAGCCACAACAAUACCAACCACCACAACAAAAGCAACAACCACAACAGCACCAACUACCACAACAGCGCCAACCACCACACCGGAACCCACAACUCCAACAAUGCCAACAACCACAAAAUUGCCUGCAACCACAACACAACCAGCAACGACAAAACAACCAAGUACCACAAAAGAACCGACAAUCACAUCACCAACAUUCACACCAGAACCAACAACCACAACAGAAUCGACAACCACAACUGUACCAAAAACAGCAACAGAACCA